CCAACGCGUCCAAGGGACUGACAGAUUACACCCAUUUGAGCCAUCGACUUCGCACCAGCAGUUGGUCUGGAAUUAUGGCGACCGCAAUGGAGAGUCCCGUGAAAAGGAAAUAUACCGGCGGCUCCAGCGAUGGUCUCCCUCCAGAUCGGAAACGGUUGCGCCUCUCCGACCUUCCCAUUUCUCCAGCGAAGAGAGAGGUUUUGGACGGCCUGGUCAACACGUUCAAAAAGCAGGGAGAAUUCGACGUCAUCCGCAAGCAUGUCUACAAGCAAUUCGAAACUUCGCCGGCCAAACAUCAGUUAACCACCGCCCUCAUCCUGCUCGCCGAAGGGGAAAUCGACCGCCACCCGGACCUCUUAUCGAAAGAUCGACGCAUCUCCAGUGCCCUGAUCGAAGGCGCCGCAGAACGCAAUGACAUCUACAAGGAAGCCCUGUCCACCAUCGACGGCUACAUCGGCCAGUUCCUCACCGAUGCCGAAUCGAAACUCCGCGCCGUCCGCGCUACAGAGAUCGGCUCGACCGCUGCAGACGAUGAGCGCGAGCGAGGCAGCAAAACUGAUGACCAAUACGCCCAGGAAAGUGACGAGCGCCGAGCCGCGCUGUUGCAGAAGCUGGAGGCGCAGCGCGAGAAAGAACGGGAGCGCGAACGCGAGGAGAAGAAGAUCGCCGCGGAGAAGAAGCGCCGGCAGCAAGAAGCGGAGGAGAAGCGCGAGCGCGAGCGGCAGGAGAUGGAGGAGAAGCGGCGGCUGGAGCGGGAGGCGGAGAGGGAGAGGGAGCGGGAGGAGUUUGAGCGGGGGCGCGAGGAGCGGAGGCGGCUGAGGGAGGAGCGCGCGCGGGAAUACGAGCGGCAGAGGGAACGCGAUCGGUCGCUCUCGAGGAAUCGGUCGCGGGAUAGGCGUCGCUCCCGGGACAGAGACCGAGAUCGAUCCCGAGACCGAGAUCGGCAUCGCGCGGGCAGUGCAUACGCCGACAGACGGGACUAUACGGACCGAGACAGUCGAAAGGGAAGUGUGCAGAUUACGGUCACCAGAACAGAAGACAAGCCAUCGGCGCCGCCCGUGAGCGAGAAGGAUUUGGAAGAAGCUGCGUUAGCGCAACUCCUGAAAGAGGGACAACAACUAGCGAAAUCUAGGCAACGGCCUGAACUCGAGCGAUCGGAGGAUCUCGCUCCCCCACUACGACGGUCGAUGGCACCCAAGUCCAUCAUUCCUCGCGAUCCCCUGGCCACUCGGCUCGCGAAAUUGGAACGGCUUCCCGUCAAGGAAAAGAGCCGGGAAUCGUCGGAAACACCGCUGAAAACGCCGGUCGAUGCAAAGGCUACAGAAGACAAGGUCGUCAAGGUCGAGAUAUCCAAAACCGAGUUGUCGGUGCCAAAGCCAGUGCCGGAAGACCGACACCCAUCUCGCGACCGCUCUCCGAACCUUACAAAGACCCGAACCCGCUCCCGCUCCCGCUCAAGAGCAUCCACCCGCCCUUCCUACUCCCAUCGCUCUCGACGCGAUGACGCCCGCGAUGACUCCCGGCGCCCUCGAGACGACGCACCGGACUACAAAUCACGCUCCUACCGCAACCACGACGACUCCGAUGACGACCGACACCGACGCAGCCAUCGAAAACGCGCUCGGUCGGAGUCCCGCUCUCCCAGCCCUCCCCGUCGGUACAAGAACGAGCGACAGGCACACAGCCGCCGCAGCCGCUCGCCCGGAGAAGAAUCCCUUCGGUCGUAUCGCGGAAGGGACCGAGACCGAGAUCGAGAUCGAGACCGCGACCGAGAUCGUGACUACCUUCGCGACCGACGAGACCGAGAACGCUCCCGAUCUCGAGAUCGGUAUCGAGACAGGAAUUCAGAACGAUCCCGCUCUCGCGACCGGCGCCGCGACCGCGACGAGCGGCCCCGCGAGCGGUCGUAUUCCCGGACGUCGCGGCGGAACCGAUCGCGGAGCAAGAGCGCGGUGGAGAUUGAUCGGUACGUGCCGAAUUCGAGCGCGCGGGCGAAGGAGAAGGAUGAGGAGCGGGAUGGGGAUCGGAGGGGGUAUCGGGAGCGGGAUAGGGAUAGGGACAGGGAUCGAGAUAGGGAUAGGGACAGGGAUCGAGAUAGGGAUAGGGACAGGGAUAGGGAUCGGGACAGAGAUCGGGAUAGAGACCGUGAUCGGGAUCGAGAUCGAGGGUUCGUCGAGAUUGAUCGAUAUAUACCCGGGGGCUCAACGCGGAGUGACCGAGAUCGGGAACCUGGGAGAGAGCGGAGAAGGGAUCGGACGGGGAGUCCAAGGGAUAAGUGAAUGGGCAUGGUACCCGAAAUCAUUGGCAUACAAUCACGGGUUCUACUAUCAAGUGGUACAUUCAAAUAUGGUUUCUAGCAUCAGGCAUGAGAGUUGGAGCGUCAACCGGGUUGCAGUGAAUGACUGCUGGUAAUUACUACCGCUAGGAUAUGGAAUAGUCUGGUUACCUUGCCAUGGCACUUGAAAUUUUAUUAGUGAAGGCAAUCCGUGGAUCAAUAACUGCAGUAUGCGAGACAUGAUCAAUGAACCAUGAU